AUGAUUCGUGAUCCGCCGGCCAUGCACAAGCCCGACAAUUCUAAUAGUCAACAAGAAGAGAACAAGUAUGCGCUCAGUGGCGUCGGCAACAACCCGGGGGGCGCGAGGCUGUGCGCUCAGUGUGGGAAGGUCAUCACGGAGAGGUUCUUACUGAAAGCUAUGGAACGCUUUUGGCACGAGGACUGUCUCAAGUGCGGUUGCUGUGACUGCCGCCUUGGCGAGGUCGGCUCCAAAUUGUACUAUAAAGCCGACCUUAUGCUCUGUAAGAGAGAUUAUCUUAGGUUAUUUGGAGCCACAGGCAACUGUGUGGCGUGCAACAAAGUCAUUCCCGCUUUCGAAAUGGUUAUGCGAGCAAAGAGUUUCGUUUACCACUUAGAAUGCUUUGCUUGUCAACAGUGCAAUCACAGGUUUUGUGUGGGCGACAGAUUCUAUCUCUGUGACAACAAGAUACUCUGCGAAUAUGAUUACGAGGAGAGGCUGGUUUUUGCCAGCAUGGCGGCUAACCCCAGCGGCUUAGCGCAUAUCAGAAGACAAGUUAGCGGACUACAGUCGCCAAGCAGCGGAUAUGUUGGGGGAGCGAGCGGUUGCGCGGGCGGGGCUGUGGGCCCAUUAGCAGAUAAGGAUAAUGGAGGCUGCGCUGGCGCAGACGACGCGUCCAGCGGAUACGGCAGCCCACCUGAUCCCGACGUGUGCGAUGCUGCGCGA